GAACUUCAGAAAAGCCAUAGUUCGACAACCGCCAACUUCGAAGAGACUCCCACGUCGUCGAUAAUUCACAGUUCCAUCGACUACCUACCGACCGCACAUCAUGGGUAAGGUUCACGGUUCGCUCGCUCGUGCGGGUAAAGUCAAGUCUCAGACCCCAAAGGUCGAGCCUCAAGAGAAGAAGAAGACUCCCAAGGGCCGUGCUAAGAAGCGGUUGCAAUACACCAGACGAUUUGUCAAUGUUACGAUGACCGGUGGCAAGCGCAAGAUGAACCCCAACCCAACAUCGUAAAGGCCGUUACGGUGUUUUCCCUUUCCUUACGUUUUCGUCACGCGGUUCCGUUGGUUUGGUUUGCUCGGGGGGCAGCCGUACGCACAGAGGUGAGAAAACGACCUCUACGGCGAAACCAGACAGGAUGCUGUUCUUCAAGGCGGAAGGAAAUGGCGGGAAAUGUUGUUUAUUGAUAUACACAUGGAAUCCUGGUCAUGGGGAGGGCGUAUUGUCAUGGGAUAUCAUGAAUAUGAUUUAGUACUUCUCUCUCAAAUGCUGUCGGGACGCAUACGGAAAGAAAAGAUAAAAGAAAAUAUUCCAUUCUCGCAGCAAAUCAUAAACAGAUCCGGAAUUCGAAAUUCGUCGAGGAAAGGCCUUCUUCCUGCAUGCUCUUCUUUUUCUUGUCCUUUGGAAUG